AUGGACGGACCCUCAGAUCCGGCAUUACUCGCUGAGAUAGAAGACCUUCGCGACGAGAUUGCCCUUAAGGAAGCCAUUCUCGAAAGUCUCAAUGACAAUGGCGACGGUUCCGAGGACGAAGAAUUGAGAAAGACGGCCAAGAAGGAACUCAAGAGGCUUCGCAAGCAUCUUCGCGUUCUGCAGCCUGGAAAGCCUGACGCCCCUACCGCCAGUCGGUCGCCACACCCUGCCUCCCGAUCAAACCAUCUUUCGCCUUUAGCCCAUUAUCCACUGGCGAGCCGCAAGCGACCACGCACCCUCUCCAACGAUGAGAGACAAGACUCCUUCAAGUCUCGACGGACGACGCCCACCUCGACCCUCACUGCUCCAUCGCCAGCAGAGUCAUCUGUUAGUCUGGACAGCCUUGAUGAUCCCUUCCUUGACUCAUUGUUUGGGGGCUUGACAAAAGAAGAGCUAGAGCAUAACCAGGACUUUUGGAGACAAAAACAGCAGGAAGAGAACGAUGAGAAAUUCGCCCAGAGUCUCUCUCAAGAGUGGGCGGGUGGAUCAGCCACGGAGCCGACACAGCCCACUCUGCCAUACCGAUCUGACUAUACACAGUCGUUCCUCAGGAGCGAUGGCUCAUUCGUCAAGUCGGAACCAUCUCACAAUGCUAAUCGCUCGACCACCAUUAAAGGGGACCCAGUCCCAGCCGAUAUAUCUCUAACGGGGGUGUGGGAGGGCCCGGCGACUUUUAGACCUGUCAAGCACGAACCCGCGCGACAUGGCACUUUCAAAGCUGAACCGGGCAUGGGUCCCUCACUAUCUAUGCCUGGAGCAUUCCCAGACGCCCUCUCACAAAACCAAGCCUAUGAUAGCCUUGGGGGGUUCUCUGUGUAUAGCAGCCGACAUGGUGCUGGUCUCGGUACUGACAGUCCAGACCGGUACACACAGCCGCGUGGUCAGUUGGACCCAGAUCUCAACGGUACUCUCCCCGAUUCUUUGGAGCGUUCCUUCGACGGAGGCCGGGAACAUGCGCAGACGCAAGCUGAAUUGCGACAGCUUUUGCAACAUAUUCGCCCUGACGAAGAGCUCACAGCAGACCAGAUGCCGGAGCAGCCUCAGGGUCUGAAAGUAUCUUUGAUGCCACAUCAACUGAGUGGCUUGGCAUGGAUGAAGCGCAUGGAGGAGGGCACCAAUAAAGGGGGCAUUUUGGCGGACGACAUGGGCCUUGGAAAGACGCUUCAAAGCAUCGCGUUGAUGCUUGAACGCCCACCUCCUGAGGACAAGCAUCGACCAACGCUGGUUGUGGCCCCUGUCGCGCUCAUGCAUCAGUGGAGGCGCGAGAUUGAGAAAAUGGUUCGACCACGUCAUCGCAUGAACGUCUUCAUUCUUCAUGGCGAGACGAGGAAGGCUACCUGGUCGAGUCUGAGGGCUUAUGACAUUGUCCUAACCACCUACGGUCUGCUCGCGUCCGAACUCAAACGCAAGGCCGUGCUCGAUGAGAAAGCCAAACGAUUGCAGAACUAUGUACCCACCGCUGCCGAGGACUGCCCUGUUUUGGGAGACAGAUCUCGCUUUCACCGUGUCAUACUGGACGAGGCACACAAUAUCAAGAACAGAAACACAAAGGCUGCUCACGCGGCUUGUCGUAUACAGGCCGACUACCGUUGGUGUCUAACAGGGACGCCCAUGAUGAAUGAGACGGAAGAGAUGUUCAGCUUGGUCAAGUUCUGUCGAAUCCGUCCUUAUUGCGACUGGGAAAGGUUUCGGAAAGAUAUUGCAGCUCCCCUGAAGAGAAGAUACGAGGCCCAGCAGGAACGCGGGAUGGCAACUCUCCAAGCAUUGCUCCGUGCCAUCCUACUCCGACGGACCAAACAAUCGAACAUUCAUGGCCAACCGAUUCUUCAACUCCCACCGAAAGAAACGACGGAAGAUCGAGUUGUCUUUCUCGAGGACCAACGUGAAUUUUAUUUUGCCCUAGAGAACAGUGCUCAAAUCCAGAUGAACAGAUAUCUACAGAGGGGCACUGUGGGACGACACUACGCCAACAUACUGGUUUUGCUGCUUCGUCUUCGUCAGGCAGCAUGUCACCCCUUUCUGGUCACUGCAAGCAAAGAUUUUGUUCAGCUCCCUGGGGGAGAAUUGACCACGGACGUUCUCAUGCGAAAUGCUGCACAACUCGAUGUCAAAGUCGUCGAACGACUGAAGCAACUUGAUGCCUACGAAUGUCCGAUUUGCUUCGAUGUCACCGAGAACCCCUCCUUGUUCUUCUGCGGGCAUGCUAUAUGCGGUGAUUGUCUUAGCAGGUUGACUGAAGACAGAAACGACAAUGGCGCCAGACCAAAAUGCCCCCAAUGUCGCGCCGAUAUCGACGUCAAUAAUGUCACGGAUUACACCAGUUUUCUUCGUGUCCAUUGUCCGGAGCACGAGUCAUUGCAGGAGCUGGACCUACACCUAGAAUCGGAGUCCGUCUCUGACUCCGACUCUGACACAGACGACGGGAUCGAUGAUUCCGAAGAAGGAGACGAUCUCAAUGGCUUCAUUGUCUACGACACGGACCCGGAUGCCGAGUCCAGCGCCCGGAAGCCCGCGCAACGACCCAAGAAGAUCAAGAAACCUUCCAAGGCCAAGUCCCAAGCACGAGCGAAAUAUCCACCAAAAAGCCUUGCGCAGCUUCGAAAAGAGGGCCUGCGUAACAAGAGCGCCAGGAGAAGGUAUCUUAGACGCUUGAAGAAGACUUUCGAACCCUCGGCAAAGACCAUCCGGACCUUGGAGCUUCUCGAGGAGAUCAAAGGCCGCGGUGAAAACGAGAAGACGAUCGUCUUCUCCAACUUCACGUCCUUCUUGGACAUCAUCGAGACCACGCUGUACGAUCACAAAACCCUGAGUAACUACGUCCGUUACGAUGGGUCGAUGAGUAGCAAUGAAAGAAAUGACGCCGUCCUCGAGUUUACGGAGAACCCAAACUGCAGUAUAAUCUUGGUCAGUCUAAGGUCCGGGAACGCGGGCUUGAAUCUAACAGCUGCGAAUCAUGUCAUCAUGUUGGACCCUUUCUGGAAUCCCUUUGUCGAGUACCAGGCAGCCGAUCGUUGCUAUCGCAUUGGACAGCAACGUCCAGUCACUAUUCACAGAGUCCUGAUAGGCCAGGACGACCUACAGGACGGGAAUUCUCUGACUGCGGACGGAGCUCCGAGAGACCCUGCAGUGGGCUAUACAGUCGAGGACAGAAUCCUAAACCUCCAAGAGAAGAAGCGUCGGCUGGUCGAAACUGCGCUCGACGAAUCGGCAGGCCGGCAAGUGUCUCGACUUGGUGUACGUGAGUUGGGUUACCUUUUUGGACUCAACAGCCUUUGA